AUGUGUAAAGAAGCAGACCAAAGUGGCGAGCCUGAAGUUACUAGAAUUCCUAGCGGUAUUCCAGAACCAGGACAGAAGCCAGGUCUCCCAGAAAAUCCAUUAAAUCCAACGCGCCAUCUCACAAAAUAUAGCACACAAAAUACAAAUCUUGACGGCAAAGAUGAACUUCCAGAUUUAGAACUAUCCGAAGUCACAGACUCCAAAGGUGAAGAGUAA